GGCCACACAUUCCAGCAGCAGCACAUACCUGCUUCUGACACCUCUGUGAUCAUCUGCAAGCUCCCAGACCUGACAUCAUGGUGCAUUUUACUGGUGAGGAGAAGGCUGUCAUCACUAGCAUGUGGGGCAAAGUGAAUGUGGAAGAUGCUGGAGGCGAGGCCCUUGGCAGGCUCUUGGUCGUCUACCCCUGGACCCAGAGGUUUUUUGACACCUUUGGCAACCUGUCCUCUUCCUCCGCCAUAAUGGGCAACCCCAAAGUCAAGGCCCAUGGCAAGAAGGUGCUGACCUCUUUUGGAGAUGCUAUUAAGAACAUGGACAACCUCAAGGGCACCUUUGCUAAGCUGAGUGAGCUACAUUGUGACAAGCUGCACGUGGAUCCUGAGAACUUCAGACUCCUGGGCAACGUGCUGGUGAUUAUCCUGGCUUCUCAUUUUGGCAAGGAAUUCACCCCUGAUGUGCAGGCUGCUUGGCAGAAGCUGGUCGCUGGGGUUGCCAACGCUCUGGCCCACAAGUACCACUGAGUCCUCUUUCCAGGUCACCAGCGCCCUUUUGUUUCCCCUCCUUCUGCACAUGGAGACUGGAGUUUGGCCUUGAGAACACAGCUUCCGUGUAAUAAAGUACAUUCUAUUCAGCAAUCAGAAAUUAA